AUGCACACUGGUCAAGCGACGAUGUGCGCUGUGCGCACCGCCCGCACAUCCCUCAAGCCCCAUGUCCAGCGCCGAAACCUCCAAGAUAUAGCUAUCAGCCGGACGGGCAAACCCAUCAUAAGAGUGCAGGGCGGUAGAUCGGCACUCGGAGGAAACACAGCGACAGUCUUCGGAGCUACAGGUUUCUUGGGACGCUAUAUUGUCAACAGAUUGGCGAGGGUAGGAUGUCAGGUUGUGAUCCCUUACCGUGAGGAGAUGGGCAAGCGGCACCUUAAAGUCAUGGGAGACCUAGGACGUGUUACCUUCAUUGAAUACGAUCUCAGAAACACUGCUUCAAUCGAAGAGAGCGUGCGCCAUUCCGAUAUUGUCAUCAAUCUGGCCGGCAAGAACUACCCUACCAAGAACUUCAGCUUGCACGAAAUCAAUGUGGAGGGCACCGAGAGAAUAGCAGAGGCUGUUGCAAAGUACGAUGUAGACAGAUUCAUUCAGGUCUCGUCAUACAAUGCCAGUCUCGAUUCGCCGUCAGAAUUCUUCCGGUCAAAGGCUCAAGGAGAACAAGUCGCUAGGACCUUGUUUCCGGAGACUACCAUCGUCCGGCCCGCUCCAUGUUUUGGUUUCGAGGACCGACUCCUUCACAGACUAGCCGGUGUCACAAACUUGUUCACGGUCAACCAUAUGCAGGAGCGAUUCUGGCCUCUCCAUGCUAUUGACUUUGGUGCUGCGCUACAAAAGAUCGCGUAUGAUGAUACCACUGCCGGCGAGACCUUUGAGCUGUACGGACCAUCUAACUACAGUAUGUCUGAGAUCGCAGCUCUGGUCGACCGCGAGAUUCUUAAGGAGCGUCGGCACAUCAAUCUACCUAAGAACCUGCUCAAGCCAGUGGCCUACUACCUCAACCGUCUGCUCUGGUUCCCAGUCCUAUCCGCAGACGAAUUGGAGCAGGAGAGCCUUGAUCAGGUUAUCGACAAGUCAGCCAAGACGAUCAAAGAUCUGGGCAUUGAACCUGCUGAGCUUUCCGAACUGACAUAUCACUAUCUCCAAGACUAUCGCAGCAGCAGUUUCUACGACUUGCCCCCCGCAACCGCGAAGGAGAAGCGCGAGGAAAAGAAAUAUCUGCAUGUCAUUGACGACCAGUAA